AAAAAGGAAAGAAAGGGAAAAAGGCAAAGCACAAAGAAUCAUCAUAUUUACCCUCUGCGAGAGUUUCUCUGCUUUUCUUCACAGCUUUCUUCAAAUCGUUGGAGCUUUGUUGUUGUGUAAUCUUCUGCUUCAUUCCUUGUCUUUCUUUUUUUUUUUUUACCUUGAAUGAAUAUUCUGAUGUUGUUGUAGUAGUUGUUUCGUCGAUUUGGUGGGAAUUUUUGGAGUUAUGAUCUGGGUUUAUUUUUGGAGAAAUUUUGGCAACUGCUUCAAGUUAUUAUAAAAAAAAAAAAAAUCCAAUUUUUAGAUGGUUUGCUGGAUAGCUUGAAAAAAGUAAUUGAGGGCUUACUCAUCAUAUAAAGUUUGAAUUUUUUAUGCUAUUUGGGUAAGAGUAGUUUGAUCUGGGAGUUGACUAUGUUUGUUGAAUGUUUUAGAAUUAUUGCUGCUUCCCACAACGAAUUGAUUUUCUCAUAUUUUUGAAUUGUUGUCAAGGAACUCUGAUGCGCAAAAUAUAAGAUUCCUUCACUUCGGAAUUUCUUACCUUAUUUGAUUGCUUGGGUGGUUUUGAUUAGUUAUUUUUUUUAUCCGUGGACCUUUGUUUUUGUGUGAAGAAAUUUAAGAUUGGCUAUUUUUGAAUCUUCAAGCUUUGUUUGGAACAUUUCUGGGAAGUUGCUAUAGGAAUUGGUUGUUUUGGAAUCUUUUGAGAAGUUGCUCCAAGAAUUUUAGAGAACGGAUGGUUUUCUUAUAACUUGAAAGGUUUUUUCAAGGUCUUUGAUUAAUGGUUGGGAAAGGAGUAUGACUGCGGGUAUGGAUUUUUCACCUCCAUUUGCAAUCAUAGAAGGUGGUUACACUAAGGAUAAUGUAUCAAACAUGGAAAAUGAAAAUUUGGAUAAUGUAAAACAAGUCGCUCUUGGGAAACCUCCGCGCAACCUCUCAGUUAUGCACCAUUGUGUGAGUUCAGCGAGGCUGAUUGCUGAGGCUAAUUUGGAAUUGGAUGUUGGUAUUGUAGUCCAUAAGUCAUCUUCUGAUGAAAAACCCAAGUUUUUGCCCAUGCUGAGAUCAGGAAGCUGUGCUGAAAUAGGACCCAAACAGCAUAUGGAGGAUGAACACAUUUGCAUAGAUGAUCUUAUUGGACAUUUGGGGACAACUGCAGAGUUUCCUUCUCCAGGAGCUUUCUACGGGGUAUGCAUAUAUGGCCUGCCCAGGGUGGUUAAUAAGAGGUUGAUAAUUGCAAAUGCUGGGGAUUGUCGAGCUGUGCUGGGAAGGCGAGGUCGAGCAAUUGAAAUGUCCAAGGACCACAAACCUAAUUGCACAUCUGAAAGAUUGAGAAUUGAGAAACUUGGCGGAGUCAUUUAUGAUGGCUACCUCAAUGGUCAGUUAUCUGUGGCACGUGCACUUGGAGACUGGCACAUGAAAUGGCCAAAAGGAUCUGCAUGUCCUUUAAGUGCAGAGCCAGAGCUGCAGGAGGCAGACCUGAGUGAGGAGGAUGAAUUCUUGAUAAUGGGAUGUGAUGGGUUGUGGGAUGUUAUGAGCAGCCAGUGUGCUGUGACUAUGGCAAGGAAAGAGCUGAUGCUUCAUAAUGAUCCUGAAAGAUGCUCAAGAGAGCUUGUCAGGGAGGCACUGAAGCGCAACACUUGUGAUAAUUUAACAGUUAUCGUGGUUUGUUUCUCUAAUGAUCCUCCUCCUCGAAUAGAAAUACCACAAUCCCGUGUUCGGAGGAGCAUAUCAGCAGAAGGGCUAAAUUUACUAAAGGGUGUGCUGGAUUGUAACUGAUGAAACAGAGGAUGGUUGAAAGAGGUUGUGCAUAAAAUUUUCCUCCCAAGUAGCUGCCGCUGUCCCUUUCACAAUGGCUGACAUUCAUCCUCAUUCAGGGACAUCCUUAUCGAGUAAAAUAUGAUUCUUUAUUGAGUUUUUUAUAUCCUGUACAUCUGAGAUAACUCAUGUUGUACCGAUUGGCAGGAUUCAUUGUUCAACCCGUCUUUCUUUCUUCAUCUGCUUACUCCUGUGUAAAUAUAUUGAAUCUUGAGAGACUCGUUGUAGCACUCUUCACUAAAUCAAAUAAUUGCUAUCAUUGAUCAUGCGGAUACAUUAUUAGUUAGUUUUGUACGGGCACCCUUCCCAGUCUCGGAAUGGAAGACUUUCCAUAAGAACUAGCCACAUGCAAAUCUGAUUUGUCAAAGAAUUCAUGAAUCCAGCAAAUGCCAUGAUGCAGGCAGUUGUUGAGUGUGUUUUGUUUUUUUUCACGAGUUAAAAAUCGGGUGUGUCUUCCCUUGGUGUGAGAGUCUCAUUACUUUGGCCUUUGGGAAUCAAAGAAUUUUACGUGGGACCGUCAUGAUUGUUAUGGUGUCGAAAGGCUUGGUAUAUUUUUUGAGCACUUGGUAGAAGCAAUAACAGCAUUGCUGUUUGCCUUUUUCCACUGGAUAUCAAUCCAGUAACAACAACACCUUAAAGAACCAUUUAAGCUUUCGUUUCAAACCAUGCAAGAAAC